AUGGCCAACUCGUCACUGGAGAUAGCAGGUGCUUUACUGACUGUGAUCGGGCUGAUAGGGGCGGCAGCCAGCACUGGGAUGCCAAUGUGGCGAGUGACAGCCUUCAUUGGGGAAAACAUCAUUGUGUUUGAGACCCGCUAUGAAGGUCUGUGGAUGAACUGCUAUCGGCAGGCCAACAUCAGGAUGCAGUGUAAGGUGUACGACUCUCUCCUGGCCCUAAGUCCUGACCUACAGGCAGCACGGGGGCUCAUGUGCUGCUCUCUGGCACUGGCUGGUAUCGGUCUGAUGAUCAGUUUGGUGGGGAUGCAGUGCAUAUCAUGUAUUGAAAACAACAAUCGAGCUAAGCGAAUGAUCCUCAUCAUUGCAGGAAGCCUGAUCAUAAUGGCUUGCCUCUGCGUCCUUAUCCCUGUGUCGUGGACAGGCCAUGUCAUCAUCAUGGACUUCUACAACCCCUUGCUGAUCGAUGCCCAGCGUAGGGAACUCGGAGAGGCUCUGUACAUUGGCUGGGUGGCCUCUGCUUUCUUGUUCGCUGGAGGAUGCAUGUUUACUUGUUGCAAUUUGCAGUCUGAUGACAAAGGUUCAGAGAGGUACAUUUACUCCAGGCCCUCUGACUACAUGGUCUAUCCUCCACAGCCUCUACAGCCUCAACAGCUGGUAGUAAUUCCCCAGCAACAGCCCCAACCUCAGCCAAUGCUGUCAAGACACCCAUCUGCCAACUACAGCUACCACUCCAGAUACCCCUCUGUACGCAGUGGGGUGGCUUAUCUCUGAUGACUUAAACUGACUGAG